CUUUCUCGACGCUGUCGUGUGGGCCUGGCCAGCUUGCGGCACUCUGCCAUCAUCAGCCGGCGCGAAAGCUCCCGAGGUUUUUACACCUCAAGUCCACCUCGAGCAUCCCAACGUCACGCCCUCUUGCGACCGCCAUUGCGCAUCGCCGCCUCCCCCUCCACGUCCUUCAGGGUCCUGCAGCAUUCCACCGCGCCGGGCAAGUCCAUGUCCAGAUGUUGCGCGCUUCGCUGCGUUCUGCCCAGGCUGUAGGCCGCCGGUCUCUGGCCGCGCCUGCAGCCCGAAAUGCUCAGUGGCCAACCUCUGCUCUUGCUGCGCGGAGAUGUUUCGCCGAUAACAAGAAGCCAUCGGUCAACGACCCGACGCCUGUCAAGCUGCCUGGAUCUGAGACGGUCACUGCUGCCGACAGCCAAACCCCCGUCGUCAAGCUCGAGCCUGCCACCUCUCCCAAAGAUGUCCCUCUGACACCUCCCGCGCCAGCCGUCGAGGCGAAGCUGCCCCCGCCGCCGCCUCCGGCCCCUGUCAAGAAGAAGAAGGGUUUCUUCCGCCGGCUGAGAAAUCUCAUUCUUACCAUCUCCAUCCUCGGAGCCAUCACGUUCGGCGGUGGUGUCUGGUACUCACGCAUCAAUGACAACUUCCACGACUUUUUCACCGAGUACGUCCCAUUUGGCGAGCAGGCGGUGCUAUACUUUGAAGAGCUUGACUUCAGGAAACGACACCCUCGCCCAGUACUUGGCACUGGUGUCAAGGAUACCUCCCCGCAGGUCAAGAUUUCCCCUCAGAGCGGUGCUUCCUGGCGGGUGGCGGAUAGUGGCGAGCCAGCUGGACGCCAGUCCAGUGCUGUGGCUCAUACCGCAAAGAAGUCCGCAGAGAAUGUAGCUCAAAAGGUCGACAAGGCCAAGACGACGGUCAAGGCCGGCGCGGAGAAAGCCGGGAAGACUGCAAAGAAGGCUGUCGAGACAUCCAAGCCUGCAGAGGAAGCAUCUGCACCUGCGGUUGCCAAGUCGUCGAGCGUGCCUUUCAAGGCCCCCGAGGUUGAUGAGCCCUCACGGUUCCCUCCUGCCGGACCCAUUGACCCUCUCAAGGUCAAGGAUGCUAAUGAGCCCGUUGUCCAGGCUCUGGUCAAGAUGUUGAACGACAUCAUUACAGUCGUCAACGCUGACAAUGCCGACGACCGGUUUUCUUCUACCAUUACCAAGGCCAAGGGUGAGCUGCAGAAGGUCGGCGAUGGCAUUCGGGCGAUCAAGGAGCAGGUCGAGAAGGACGCCGCCGCCGAGGUUGCUUCCAAGGUCACUGAGUUCCAGAACGCGUCGUCUGAGCUCAUCAACAGUGUCGAGCGCAUCAUGGCCGCACAGGAGAGCCAGUGGAGGACAGACUUUGAGGAGGAAAUGAAGCGCAUCCAGUCCGCCUACGACGCCAGAAUCAAGACGGAGAUUGAGCGCGAACAACAGGUCAACGAGGAGAAGCUCAAGAACAAGCUUGUGGAACAAGCCGUCUCUCUCAAGCGGCAAUUCUUGAAGGAGAUCAGCGACCAUGUCGAGUCUGAGCGUGGUAGCAGACUUGGCAAGCUCGACCAGCUCUCUUCAGCCGUGUCUGAGCUUCAGCAGCUUACUACUGGCUGGAACGAUGUUGUGGACCUGAACCUCAAGACUCAGCAGCUCCACGUUGCCGUGGAGGCUGUCCGGGCCAGCCUAGAGGACGCGACUCACCCCCGCCCUUUUGUUCGUGAGCUUGUGGCACUGAAGGAGAUUGCUACAGACGAUCCCGUCGUCAACGCUGCGAUCGCGUCCAUCAACCCAAGCGCGUACCAGCGUGGCAUCUCCCCGCCUGCUCAGCUGAUCGACCGCUUCAGACGUGUUGCCGCCGAGGUGCGCAAAGCGUCACUGCUUCCGGAGGACGCUGGUGUUGCCAGCCACGCCUCUAGCCUGCUGUUGAGCAAGCUCAUGUUCAAGAAGCAAGGCCUUGCUGAUGGCAACGAUGUUGAAAGCAUUCUGACACGCACACAAACCUUCCUCGAGGAGGGUGAUCUGGAUGCUGCUGCCCGUGAAAUGAACAGCCUGCAAGGAUGGGCCAAGACGCUCAGCCGCGACUGGCUCGGCGAGGUCCGCAAGGUGCUAGAGGUGCAGCAGGCACUCGAUAAACAGGUCAUUGCCACCGAGGCCAGGCUCCAGAGCUUGAAGGUCGAAUAG